AUGCCGGACGACCAUAGACCGGACGUGGAGGGGGGAGCACUGCUCUCCGGACAGCCCGCUGCCUCGAUAGACGACCAUGAUCCCGACCGCGCAAAUAACGACAACCUGCUUCCCUUUGGGCUCGCUAACGAUGGCGCUUCUGUGAUGCCCGUCUGGCUAGCUGAAAGCUCAAAGUCGUUCCGCUGGGGCUGGGUCCCGUUACCUUUGCGAAAGGCCGCCCGUGUAACGGUGAGAUGGCUGAAAGGCCCGGAGCCGCCGCAUGAACUACGAUUCGAGCCGUUAUUCCCUGGCAUACAACAGGCGCCGGUCGUCUUUCUGGAGAGAUACUUUCCGAAGAAAAAACAGAAGAUCUUCUUGUUGCUGGGGCUAUACUUUGCCUGGUUCCUGUCUUGGUCUCUUACUCUGCGGCAUUCUGUGUCCUCGGGCCAUAUCGAGGGAUACGGAAAACCCGGCCCUAUCGCCUGCAGUGCGAAUUAUUGUGUACAGCUUCUCAACCCGUACAUUGUCGGCAACGAAACAUUAAACUACCAGCCUCUGAUCGUUGGUGGGCCGGCCCCUGGAGCCCCGGGGGAAGAAGGCAUAUACCGCGCAGAUAGCUAUGUUUGUCAGGCUGCAAUCCACGCUGGCGUUAUUUCCGCCGCGCAUGGAGGAUGCGGUGUCGUUAAACUGGUCGGCUCUUCGCACGAGUACUACGGAAGCGAGGCCAACGGCUUCAACUCCACGGGAUUCCCAUCGACGUUCCCCAAGUCAUUUUCGUUCGUGAAACUGGAGGGGAAAGAAUUUGACUGUCCGCCAGAUAUGCGGUGGGUUCUGCUCGCCAUCACGGCAACAACUCUCGCACUGCUAUCAAUCUUCACCACGUCGCCGGCCAUCUUCUUCUUCAGUACUUUCGUCAUCCUCAUAAUGCAUGUCGGCCUCGUCUCGGACCCACCUGGCGUCUCUGGUGUGCCUGAGCUGCUUUCCCUGCUAUUCUCCCGCCUCCUCCCAGCAAGCUUUGUCGCAUACGUAUUGUAUCUAUACUGCGCCGUUCCGCUGUUGAAGCCUCUCUCAUCUCCGCCUGUGUACCAGAUCACCAGGACGAUUCUGUACCUAGGUCCUGCUUUCAUCGGCGCGCUGAACAACUACACCUUCGCGACCUGGAUACCGAUACAACGUCUCACCCCACAUGACAUACAGAAUCAACCUGGCGCCCCUCUCGCGCUAGCCAUCGUUCUGACCAUUGUUAUCACCAUCGUCCUUACCCAAGCUUGGCAAAUUCGCCAGGGAGGACUCUUCUUCCACUUCAUCAGAAUCUAUUUCGUCAUCGCUGUCUCGAUAAUUAUCCUUCUUGCUCUCCCAGGACUCCGCCUGCGUAUCCAUCACUACAUACUAGCCAUCCUUCUCAUGCCAGGAACAGCAAUACCUACACGUCCAUCCAUAAUUUACCAAGGACUUCUCCUAGGCCUUUUUGUCCACGGUGUUGGAAGAUGGGGCUUUGCAUCCAUCAUCGAAACCCCCAACGCACUGGGAGAACUACCUAGUGCCGGCACCUGGUGGGGCGCAACGACUCCGAGCAUCACAAAUUCAUCCGUCACCGUCUCCCUUGCCUCACCGCAUGAGAGGCACUACUACCCUGGCAACGGGAACAUUACAUUCAAGCUCUGGGACCGCGAGGAAAUGAAUAAAUUACAGGUCGAAGGUGUCAGCGUGCUAGUUAACGACGUAGAACGCUGGCGUGGAUACGUGGACGAGACAAGAAAGGGGAAGUUCACCUGGCAUCGUCGUGGCCUCAAGGGACUAAGUGCUAGAGAUCUCGACAGUCUGUCCAAGCUAGGAGAGGCGCCAUUGAAAGAUGAUGAUGAGGACGAUGACGAUGACGAUGACGACUACAAUUCACCACCGCAAGAUUUAUUUUUCCGAUUUGCGUAUCUGCGUGGUUCGAGUGCUGGGCUAUACAGUGGCGCCGGCGUUUGGUUACGGGAUGGGACUUGGGUGCCACCACCGCCAAGGGAGUGA